CCAGAAACCAUCAGUCUGGAACCUAAUUCGUACAGGAGCAUUAAAGUAUCAGUGGAUGAUUUAGAACUCAAUUCACCUUCAUCUCCCGUGUCUUCACUUUGUCAAGAACCAGAGGCAACAAAGUGUUGUAAUACAAUGGGAGAAGAAGAAAAUGAACAAGAGGAAGAUGAAGUUAUGAGUUCUUAUGUUAUUGAGAUUAAUUCUGAUCAUAGAGAAGUGUCUGGCGAAGCCAUUUCUAUUGAUGAAGCAAUUGCAUGGGCUAAAGAGAAGUUUCAGUCACAGAAUUUUGACAGACAACAGAAAGAAGAUCACUCUGCUGACAAAUUAGAAGUUAAUCAAAAUUUUGGAGAAACACCAAAGGCGCAAGAAUUUGUAGAAAUAAUGCAAUCUCCCCCGGAAGAAGAGCUAAAGAAAUGGAGAAGUGAAGAAGAAAGAGUCCAAUCAGAAAAAGAUAUGGAGAUGGAACUACUGGAUGAAGACAUCAGGUUAUGGUCAGCUGGCAAGGAGACUAAUAUCCGUUUACUUCUUUCAACGUUACAUCAUAUUCUAUGGCCCAACAGUGGUUGGUAUGCAACUCCUUUGACAAGCCUAAUUGAAAGCUCACAAGUAAAAAAGGCCUAUCAGAAAGCAAGGUUAUGUCUCCACCCUGAUAAAUUGCAACAAAGAGGAGCUACACUUCCACAGAAGUAUGUUGCAGAAAAGGCAUUUUCCAUUCUCCAGGAUGCUUGGGCUGCAUUCAUCUCCCAAGAUGUGUUCUUUUAACUCGUAGACAAUUCAGGAUCUCUCCUCUUGUAAACAGUUUUGAGAAGCUUGGAUGUGAUAUUUGAAGUAUGAAGCUGAUUGUCAAAUAUCUCACAAAUGAAUGCACACAAAGCAUCUGUUAUCAGGUGGUAAAGUGCAUGAGAUCUUUGUAUUUGAGAAUUUUGUAUGUUCAUCUGAUGCCUAACUUGCUUUUCUCUUCCAUCAUUAUAAACUAAAUAAUAUGAACAUGAGACGAUAGUAUUGUUGAUAUCAGUUAUAUUUGGGCUUGUA